AUGGCCUACCGAUUCGAAAGUGACAGCGACAGCGAAGGCUCCUACAUCUCCAGCCGAUUCGCCGAUUACGGCUUCACGGACGUAAGCAGAUCUGCCCGGGGCAGGACCGUUGACUCCAUGGCUUGGGAUAUCGAGAAUCCUUUUUCCAACCUCCAAAUUAUGGAGUCGAGAGUCGAGGGGCCCACUGGGCCUUAUAUUCACGUUGACAACAAUAUGGGCGAGCAGAUUAUCGUCCCCGAUCUUGCCGUUUUUCAAGGAAUGUUCGGCAGCGACUGGCAGCAUUCCCCAAGGCACACCAUCAUUUUCAACACCAUCGACACCUGCGAGUUCGUCAUUGACUUGACCGACCGCGAAGAGCCCCCGGACGGACUACCCACGCACCUCAUGGCCCGCAUCGAGAAGCCCCGCCGGAAUAACCAGCUCCUAUGCUCGGCAGCGUUCCAGAAGCUGGCCCAUCGGAAGUUGCCUUCACUCGUGCCCAAGGUCUGGGGUGCCGGGACUACGCGCACCGGAGACGGUCUUCAGCUUCACUACCUCCUUAGCCAGCAUUAUCAAGACGCUGUGCCCACUGAGAAGUACUGGGACGAAUUCAACCCGGUCGUAAAGAAAGCUUUCAUGAAGGACAUCAUCGACGCUAUGUCAGAGCUGCAGAAGAUCAACUUUGGUGAUCUCGACAUGGAGGACUGGGUCAUCCUUUCCGAGAAUGGCCUACAGACACAAGAAAUGGAAGAAAUACCUGCGGUAGGCAAUUCGCAAGUGGGUUGGUUCAGUGACAUGGCCUCGUUCCUAACGAAGAGACUUUCACCAGGAAACGCUAGGUACGAGCUCGCAACCUCCAACGACGGUUCGAUCCUUCUUGACGGCGAUUUCAAGAAGGACAGCUCCAUUCACCACCAGGUCGAGUUCACCCCAGACAACCUGGCCCUCCUAACAUACUCCAGCGCCUUCUGCCACAACGACCUCGAACCUCGUAACAUCCUGAUGCGACCACGGCAAGUUGAUUUUGGCCCAGGCUAUGAGCUUGUGGCCAUUACCAACUUUGAUUUUGCAGGUUUCUUCCCCUUCGCCUAUGAGACGGCUAUCAAGGACACUCUCCUUGGGUUGCAGAACCGGUGCGCGAGUUGGUACGAGCUGUACAAGGAUAUGACGCACCGGUUUCUGUGGGUGCAUGAGAAUCCCACUGGAAAUGAGAGCAGCCAGGAGAAGCUAAUCAGAGCCAUUGUCCUUACGGAUGCGGCGAGAAAGAAUGCCCAGGGCUUCCAUGUGGGUAAUAGAGUGCAAGAGAAGUGGUUGGACAGAGAAAAGUUUGUGAGGGGAUUGAAUGGCCAGGAUGGCUUUGUGAGACCGGAAAAUGUUGACAAGGUGUUCAAGCCUGAAGAUGAUGCUCGACUGGAGGAGGAGGCUAUGGAGGAGCUUGGGUACAUCUAA